AUGGCACAGAUGGAUGGCGACAACCUAGUUCUUCCCGAAGAUAUCAUGACCAACAUUCUCACACGGCUUCCGGUAAAAUCUCUAAUCCGAUUUCAAUGUGUGUGCAAACGAUGGAAAAAUCUCUUCAAAACCCCAUCUUUCAUCGCUGAACACCUCCACCACUCCUCUCGUCAAAACCCUUCGCUUCUCUUUGAAGAUUUUGGCAAAUCUGAUCCUUUUUGCAUGUGUUUGCUCAAUCGUGAGAUGCAAGUCCUUGAAGUUUCGAACGAUCCUUUUAUUGAUUUUAUGGGGCUGUGGGUUUGUACCUUCGAUUCCUGCAAUGGCUUACUCUGUGUAGGAGUCGCUAGUUUUUCUAGAUCUCUUUCCCUUUUAUUGUGGAAUCCAGCUACUAGAAAGUUGAGUCGGGUGCCUACAUCUGUUAGUUAUUUUGAAGAUGAGGAAUUCUUUGUAGGAUUUGGGUUUAGUCCAUCGGUUGAUGAUUACAAGAUAGUGAAAAUUCAUGUUCCUGGAAAUACUGGUCGGGUUAAUCAGGUGGAAGUUUAUUCAUUAACCACAGGAUCGUGGAAGGAAGUGGAAUUUGGGAACUUAAAUGGUGUAGCUAUGACCUCUAAUGGUUUCUCUUAUAAUGGAGCUAUCUUUUGGAUUGGGUCAAAGCUAGGUGUGGAGGAGGAUGAAGAUGAUAUUGAUUUGAUAGUGUCAUUUGAUAUAGCUAUGGAAGUGUUUAUAUUGAUACCAUUGCCUUCUUCACCCUUUUCAGUUACAAAUACCCCAUAUCCCAGAUAUCUUGCUGUAUAUGACAACAAGCUUGCUCUGCUUUCUCACACUUUGAGUGAAGACUUCAAAUCGUCCUUGAUUCAUUUGUGGCUGAUGGAGGAGGGUACUUGUGCAUCUAGAGAGAGGUGGAUUUGGACUAAGAAAUAUACUAGCUGCCCUUAUUUAGGCUGUUUGUUAGUUCCAGUGACUAUUUGGAAGGAUGAAAUUGUCUGCAACGUUUCUACAUUGUCCGGACCCCUUGAUAAUAUUGAAGAUGAUCAACAAAAAAUUGUUUUUUUCAAUCUCACGACCAAUGAAUUUAAGACGUUUCAUAUCCGCAAAUCUGUCAUGGGUUAUGGUAUUUUCAAUUAUGUAGAAAGUCUUGUAUCAGUUGGGAACAUUCAUACUGAAUAGCUCUGGUCCUAAAUGUUCAUUAUUAUCAUUUUUACUUUGUUGAAGUACUUAUGGUCGAAAUGAACCUAUAAGAGUUUAGUUCGUUGUGUAACUAUUAGGCUUGUUGUGAUUCAGGUAUUUUAUCAAAAAUAAUGAAUGCAGAUAUGCAAUAACAUAUGCUUGUAGCUUUAUCUGAAUUAUCUAUAUGGUAUCAGGUCAUUCAAUUUUCUCUCAAAGAUAUAUAUUUUAGUUGUUGGUCUGUGGACUAUUUGGGACCUUCUUAUCAGGGUAAUGUAACAUCAUAAGACCUUAAAAGAGAGUAACAUGAACGGCCAAAGACUCCUAGGAAGUGCAUAUUCAUGUGGAAUAUUCACAAACUUGGUCAAAGGCAUCAUUGUUGAUGUAAAUGGAAGUUAAUCAGUUAGUGAUGUAAAUGGCUGUGAAUUUUUUCCAGUCCAAUCAGUUUUCAA